AUGAAACUGGGUAUGAAUUUCAUGAUUUUUCUAGUAUUGAUGUCAUGUUUUUGGUUAAUUCCUACCUUUGCAGCAAAACAACAGAAGCUGAGAUUCGAUGAAAAUGGAGAAUUCAAGAUAUUGCAAGUGGCAGAUAUGCACUAUGCAAAUGGAAAAACUACACUUUGCUUAGAUGUUCUUCCUUCUCAAAAUGCUUCUUGUACUGAUCUUAACACCACCGCUUUCAUUCAUAGGAUGAUCCUUGCUGAGAAACCUAAUCUUAUUGUCUUCACUGGAGAUAAUAUCUUUGGCUUGGAUUUGUCGGACUCGGCGAGAUCAAUGGAUGCUGCAUUUGCUCCUGCAAUUGCAUCAAACAUUCCUUGGGUGGCUGUUUUAGGAAACCAUGACCAAGAAGGAACACUCUCUAGGGAAGGUGUGAUGAAAUAUAUUGUUGGGAUGAACAACACUUUAUCUAGAGUCAAGCCUCGAAAAGUGCAUAGCAUUGAUGGAUUUGGAAACUAUAACUUGGAGGUUGGUGGUGUUCGAGAUACUGAUUUCGGAAACAAAUCGGUUCUCAAUCUUUACUUUCUUGAUAGUGGAGAUUAUUCUAAAGUUGCUGACAUUCCUGGUUAUGAUUGGAUCAAGCCUUCGCAGCAAGUUUGGUUCGAGGAAACGUCUGCAAAGCUUCGGAAAAAAUACAUAAAGGGACCUGUGCCUCAGAAAGAAGCUGCUCCUGGCCUUGCAUACUUUCACAUCCCAUUGCCGGAAUACGCAAGUUUUGAUUCAUCAAACAUGACAGGCGUGAAAAUGGAAACCGACGGCGGUGAUGGCAUUAGUUCUGCUUCGGUGAACUCUGGUUUCUUCACAACCUUGGUUGAAGCAGGAGAUGUAAAGGCCGUUUUCGUUGGCCAUGAUCACAUCAAUGACUUCUGCGGCAAGCUAAUGGAUAUACAACUUUGUUAUGCCGGAGGGUUUGGAUACCAUGCUUAUGGACAGGCUGGAUGGUCUAGGAGAGCAAGAGUGGUGGUAGCUAGCUUGGAGAAGACGGGCAAGGGAAGUUGGGGAGAUGUCGGGUCGAUUAAGACAUGGAAACGCCUCGAUGAUGAGCAUCUCACUAGAAUCGAUAGUGAAGUCCUGUGGAGCAAGAGCUCUCGUGGAAGCAGUGGCUAA